UUGUGUUUUCUAUCGUUUUCUUAUUGUUUUUCCAAUGUUUUCUCGCUUUUCGCUUCUCGUUCUCUGCGCGACUUUUGCGUGCGUCGCUGCUCUUCCCGACCAGGUGCACAUUGCCAUCACCGGCAACCCCGGCGAGCGCGUCGUCUCGUGGGUGACUGCGUACACUGCCGACACGAUCGUCCAGUACGGCUCGUCUGCCUCCGCGCUGACCCAGGAGGCCAAGGGCGACGAGACGACGUACAGAACGAGCACCACGCUGCUUGCACGCACGCUGCACCUCCACGACGUGCUGCUGUCGGGCCUCCAAUUGAACUCGCGCUACUACUAUCGUGUCGGCGAUUCCGUUUCCGGUUGGUCGGAGGUCUUUUACUUUGACACCAAGAUUGACGUCCCAAACACCCCCGUCGACAUUAUCAUCUACGGCGACAUGGGCGUCAGCAACUCAAACCAGACCCGCGACCUCCUCGUCGACGAAAUCCAGGCCGGAUUCUCCUCCCUCAUCAUCCACACCGGCGACUUUGCCUACAACAUGCAGGACGCCGAUGGUGUUGUCGGCGACACCUUCAUGAACCUGAUUCAGCCCAUUGCUGCCCGCGUCCCCUACAUGGUUUGCGUUGGCAACCACGAGAACGACGGCCGAAACUUCUCCCAGUACCAGGCUCGCUUCAACGGCAUCUCGCGCUACACUGCCACCACCAAGACCAACUUGUACUACUCGUUCAACGUCAACUAUGUGCACUUUGUGGCCUUCUCCACCGAAAUGUACUACAACACCAACCAGACCAUCGCCGAGCAGUACGCCUGGCUCGAGGCUGACCUCGCCCAAGCCGUGGCCAACCGCGACAAGCAGCCCUGGAUUGUCCUUUUCGGCCACCGCCCGAUCUACUGCUCGAACGUGGACGACAUGCCCGACUGCUCAUCGGAUGCCCGCACCCUGCGCGAAGGCCCGUACUCGAUCGACAACCUCCUCGCCAAGUACAACGUCGAUAUCUUCUACAGCGCGCACGAGCACUCGUACGAGCUCACCUGGCCCGUCAGCAAGGGCCAGUGGCAAGAGUUCCCCAACCCCAACGUCUACGUCAACCCGAUCUACACGGUGAACAUUAUCGCUGGCGCUGCUGGCUGCCCCGAGGACCUGUCCUACUUUGACUCGGUGUUCUACGGCCCGUGGUCCAACUACCGCUCGGCCUCGUACGGCUACGGCCAUUUCAUGGCCCACAACGCCACUCACCUGCACUGGACCCAGAACAUUGCCGAGGGCGCCGAGGGCACCAACGAUCUCUGGAUUAUCAAGGGCAACGCGACCGAAGUCGCCGAGCACGCCCACAACUUUGGCUUCCCCCCGUCCCCGGCUCCCGUCGACGAGUGCGACGAGUACUGCUUUGCCACCUGCUCCAGCGUCGCUCACCGCCAGGGCAAGUCCGUCGAGGAGACCCACACCUCCUGCGGCGCUUCGUGCAACUGCGACACCCGCGUCUCUGCUGGCAAGGGUCACGAGAUUGGCAAGAAGGUUCGUGUCGAGCGUUCGCGCAUUCUGCGUCAUUAAGUCUGAUGGCCAGUCAGUGACGCGGGCGGUUUGCCGUGUUUUGUGUUGCAGUUGGCUCAGUUGCCUUGUUUUUUAUGGGAAUCAACAAAAGGAUCUCAAACAAAUCGGCUUUUCAGGCUUUUGUUCCGUUCAAUUCAAUUCAAUCUUCCACA